UUGAGUUUGAAUUUACACCCAAAUGCACUUCUUAGUCAUUAAAGCCUUUACUUUUACUUUGAUCAUGUCUGUAUUUCAUGUGCAUACCUCCUACUGUGCCCGUCAGGCUGACGGAAGGGAAGAGAAGUAGACAGGACACACAUUGAGUUUCUGCAGGAACCAACACGGACCUCAGCGGCAGCACCAGCAAUAGCAGCAGCACACACCCCUCAGCGAGUGAUGCAUUCUCACGGCAAGGACACCGACAACUCCUCCUCAGAGUCGGCUCCACUUUAGGAUGGUGCAGAAAUCCCUCAACGGCGGGGUUUACCCAGCUGAAGCCGGAGAGAAAAAGCACAAAGUCGGCUUCGUCGGCUUGGACCCCGGCGCUCCGGAAUCCACCAGAGACGGGGCGCUGCUCAUUGCGGGCUCGGACAGCACUAAGCGGGGUGGCAUCCUCAGCAGACCCAGGUCCAGCAUCUCCUGCGGGAGACCCAGACCGUCAAAGAAAAAUGCCAGCUACCGGAAACUACAGAGUUUCCUCUACAACGCGCUGGAGAGACCGCGGGGAUGGGCGUUCGUCUACCACGCUUAUGUCUUCUUCUUGGUCUUUUCCUGCCUUAUCCUGUCAGUGUUUGCCACCAUCAGAGAAUAUAAAGACAACUCAGAAAACGCUUUGUACAUCUUGGAGAUUGUGACCAUUGUGGUUUUUGGAGUUGAGUACAUUGUGCGGAUAUGGGCCGCUGGAUGCUGCUGUCGCUACAGAGGAUGGAGGGGGAGGUUAAAAUUUGCCAGAAAGCCUUUCUGUGUCAUAGACAUGAUGGUGCUGAUCGCCUCAGUGUCGGUGCUGGCAGCCGGAUCUCAGGGGAAUGUCUUUGCCACCUCAGCCAUCAGGAGUCUGAGAUUCCUGCAGAUCCUGCGUAUGCUUCGGAUGGACCGCCGUGGAGGCACCUGGAAGCUCCUUGGAUCUGUUGUUUAUGCCCACAGCAAGGAGCUGAUCACAGCCUGGUAUAUUGGUUUUCUGUGCCUCAUCCUGGCUUCCUUCUUGGUCUAUUCUGUGGAAAAAGAGUCCAAUGAGGAGUUUGAGACGUAUGCUGAUGCUCUGUGGUGGGGACUGAUCACACUCACUACCAUCGGUUACGGUGAUAAAGUUCCCAAAACAUGGAAUGGACGCUUGCUGGGAGCUGCAUUCAGCAUGAUAGGCGUGGCUUUCUUUGCCCUUCCUGCUGGCAUCCUGGGCUCUGGCUUCGCCCUCAAAGUUCAGGAGCAGCACAGGCAGAAACACUUUGAGAAGCGGCGUAACCCUGCAGCAGGCUUCAUCCAGGCUGCCUGGAGGUUUUAUGCCACUAACCUCUCCCGUACAGAUCUUCUGUGCACUUGGGAUUUUUACGAGCAGACUGUCGCUGUUCCCAUGUACAGAAUCAUCCCACCGCUAAAUCAACUGGACCUGCUGAGGAAUCUGAAGGGAAAGUCAUUCAGGAAAGAUUCUCAGGCAGAAACCUCACCCAGUAGUGAAAAUGCACACAAAGACAGACUUUGUGGGUGCUGCCCAAGAACUCUUAGUCAGAAAGCCAGUCUGAAGGACAAGAUGUUUACCAGUCCUUCCAAAGCCCCCGUGAUUAAGGGGAAAGCCUCCUCUCCAGGGGCAGAAGACGGCACUGAAGCCAGCCCGAGCAAAGGCACCAAGAGCUGGAGCAGAGUCCGGGGUGGCGCCUCUCGCCAAAACUCAGAUGAGGCGAGCCUCCCUGGAGAGGAAAUUGGUGAUGAUAAGAGCUGCCACUGUGAGUUUUUCACCCAGGAAUUACCUCCAGGACUCAAAGUUACUAUUAGGGCUAUUUGCGUCAUGAAGUUCCUGGUGUCAAAGAGGAGGUUCAAGGAGAGUCUGCGACCUUAUGAUGUGAUGGAUGUGAUUGAGCAGUACUCUGCAGGUCACCUGGACAUGCUGUGUCGCAUUAAGAAUCUGCAGUCCAGAGUUGACCAGAUCGUUGGUAAAGGCUCCAAAGUGGAUGGAGAGGGGAUGGAGGACCAGAGCAUGAUGGGACGACUUGUCAAAGUGGAGAAACAGGUUUUCUGCAUGGACAGGAAACUUGAUUUCCUGGUCAAUGUGUAUGUUCAGCGUAUGGGCAUCACUCACUCAGAAACAGAGGCCUUUUUUAACUCCAAGGAGCCGUACCCAGCACCGCCUUACCACAGCCCGGAGGAGACCAAGGAAGAGAAGGACGAAGACGAGGCGACCAAGGUGGAAAAGAAAGCCAAGAUGUGUUCCGCCGUGGCAGACGUCUCCAGUUCUGAUAGGUCUCUGGAAAAGAAGGAUCCUUUACUCGGUCAGUCCGUGGCACGGUCGCUUGGCACUCCAUCUGGAAGCAACAGCCGCCCCUCCACUUCCUGGCAGCACCAGCUGCAGCACCCCCUCAGCCAGCCUGCCUGGGGCAGCAGCAUGGCCAACACCCCUUCGCCCAUCUUAGCCGCCGGCGACCAGUCGCCCACCGUCUUCCGCCUGCCUCCGCCACCCGCACCGACACAUGACAGGUUGUCCUCGGGUGCGUGUGGGAGCGGAAGGGAGAGCAGCUCUCAGGGCAGGCGACGCCACAGGAGGCAAAGGUGUCAGCACGAUGCCACUGUCGUGGAGAGCGACACCUCCCUCUCCAUCCCGUCUGUUGACCACGAGGAGCUGGAGCGCUCCUUCAGCGGGUUCAGCAUCUCUCAGGCGAAAGAGGACUUCUUUGGGCCGUCUUUCUUUGCGGGUUCAGGAGUAGGAGGAGGCAGUGCAGCAGCUGAAGCUGAAGGCGGACUCUCAAUCUGUGCCAGGGUCCGACCGUUCAUAGCCGAAGGGGAGUCGGAUACUGACUCAGACCUGUACGCUCCGUCACCACUGUCCUUCACUGGCGAGGCGUCCUGUGGUGAGAGGGGCUGGCUGGGAUUGAAGUAGGCCAGAGGACUUACUCUGCCCCACCUGGAGGUGACACAUCAGUGCCAAGACGAGAUCAUCAGACCUCCUGUCCAACCGGCUUACAAUCCACUAUGAUGAUGUUUUAGACAAUUCUGAGUGGAUUCACAUAAGAGGCUGUGCAUUAUGACAAAGGUUAUAUUGCUACAAGUGUUAGUCAGAUAACCUUCGAAAAAUCAGAGGUCAUUUUUUCUCACUUUUUCUGUUAAUAAUCACACAUUUCACUAGCACUGAUCACUGACAGUUGCUUCAUAUAUUUUGUGGAACUUAAAAUAUUGUAUAAACUUUGAGGCCCCAUCAAUAACAACACCGAUAUUUGGCAAAAAUACUGCUCAACUGUACUGGCAGUACAAAUACAGAACUGCCACCAGUACUGGAUUUGGAAUUUUAGAUUUCCAUUAGUGCUUUAACUUGAUAGUUGGAGAUUAUUCCAACAUCUUCCUCUAUCCUCUCUAAAAAGUCUUCCUUAUGAACUUCAAGUGGAAUUGAUGAACAUUUUAUUAGGUAAAGAGUGAAAUAUAUAACUUUUGCAUUCUGCUGAUAUCUGAAUAUAAUUUAGAUUGUCAAAGUUUUUUAAAAGUUCAUAAAACCACUUUUUAUGUUAAAACAUUUUGCAUUUGAAAAAAAUACUGAGAGUUUGUGUAAUGCAAAGUUGUUAGCAUAACGUCCUGUAAACCUCUAUAUCUUUGAAUGACUUGAGGUAUUAUGAUGCCAAACCUGUUGCUAUGGUAAAUGGUUUGAUUCUUGCAGAGUAAAAACAAAUAUGCUUGCUUACAACAUGGUUAAUUCAGCCUGCAGUAAAAAGAAAAAGAGAAAGAAGCAACUCCCCUUGAAGUAAUACCAAUAUUUGCACAGCGAUAAAGCAGAGUACCUUCUGCAUGGCAUGUUAAAUGGUUGAUUUUAGGACUGUUAGGUAGACUAUAAACCAAAGCAGCAGCAGCAAAAAAGUCACCUCAACUACAUUAUUUCCUGUUUUGCAGAGACAAUGGGGUGCAUAAAACAUGAAGUAAAACAUGAUAUGCAUGCACGAGUGGUUUCAAGUGUUUUUAAUGCUCCUAAAAGGCUUUGGUUGAUUUCCAAUCAUGCAAAUGCUGCCUGAGCUUGCAAAAUUCAAAAACCAACACAACAUUUUUGGGCAGACUUGAGUGAAAUGUUAAAUAUAAACAAAAAAAAGGGCUGAGUUUGAUGCAGCUUGUAGAUUUUUCUGGGUUUCACAACAAAUACAGUUGGAUUGUGUAACUUUACUCAGACAUGAUGGUGUUUAUCCUGAACUGCAUUGAUUUUUCCAGUAGAUUUUCUUUUGCUACUUUGGUUCUGCAAAAAAGGAAAUGCAAUAAAGAAGCAAACAGGGCAAAUGAGAACCGUCUUUAAACACUCAAAGCCUUAUUUUCAACCGGCUCCAUUUUAUAAAUAAAUCAAUUAUUUCUUUUUUUAAAUGUUUUGUAAAAGAGGUGACAGUUGAUCUUCAGUCAGUCUGAUUUAAAGAACAGAUUAAACAUUUUCAUUUCAGUUCAGUUCUAACAUGUAGCAUUUAAUAAUUUCCGUCAUGAACAGCUCCUAUUCGUUGUAACCAACCACCAACAUUUUAACAUUAAUACUCUAACAUGAAAAUCAUAUCAAGAAAUAUCAUUUAUUAGAGACUGUUAGUACAAAAUCCACAUUUUACCAAAAAAAAAAAAAAAAAAGACCUACAGGCAUGUUUUUUUUAAAAGCAAAUGGGUUAAAUCUAAAAGGUUUUGGAGGUCAGAGAACAGGUUCAAGUUCAACACUAUGUAACUGCUACACCAUCAUCUUCUUCAAGAAUAAAAAUUUGUACAUUA